AUGUUUAAAGUGCAGUUAAAAUUUCGUCAAACUGAAGUCAGCCGUCACAUCUAUGUCGCUCGCGAUAUAGAUCAGUGCUUGUUGGGCCGAAGAGAAUGCGUCUCUUUAAGGUUAAUUGCGCGAUGCAGGCAAGUUGCUGUCGCGAUCGACCCCUUCAUAGAGUUCCCAUCGUUGUUUACCGGGCUAGGGCUUUUAGCUACGCCUUAUAAUAUUAAGUUAAAGCCGGACGCUAAGCCUUAUUGUUUGAAUCAGCCUCGUCGUGUACCCUUACCUUUGAUGUCUAAAUUGAAGCAGAAACUCGACGAAAUGCUUAAGUUAGGCGUGAUUAAGCCCGUGGAUGUGCCGACAGAAUGGUGCAGCGGAAUAGUCCUUGUCAAGAAACGCGAUACCGACGAUAUUCGUGUGUGCGUGGACCUAACCUUCUUAAAUCGCGCCCUGGCUCGGGAAAAUCAUCCUAUGCCAGUCGUAGAGCAUACCUUUGGUCAGAUGCCGGGCGCUAAAUAUUUUUCGAAGCUCGAUUGCGUUAGCGGGUUCUGGCAGGUGCCGUUAUCGGAAGAGUCUCAAUUGUUGACAACAUUCAUUACUCCGUUUGGAAGAUUCUGUUUCUUACGUGUACCGUUUGGAAUUUCUUCAGCGCCGGAACAUUAUCAGAAGAGAAUUUCAAGAAUCUUGGAGGGCUUGGAAGGAGUGGCUAAUCAUCUCGAUGACGUCAUAGUUUGGGGCAGAACUCGUGCCGAACAUGAUGCUCGUCUCCGUCAAGUGCUUAAAAGACUUGAGGUAAAUAACGUGACUCUGAAUAACGCAAAAUGUGUUUUUGGUGUUCAGGAGACUAAAUUUUUGGGACACGUAAUUAGUGCUAGCGGGAUUUCAAUAGAUCCGAGCAAAAUCGACGCUAUUACAAAGUUAGAAUCUCCAAAGUGUGUGUCCGAGUGGCAAAGACGUCAUAGGCAGGCUUUUUCGGAGAUUAUCCAAAAGUUAACGUCAGCACCCUGCCUUGCUAUUUUUGACUCAUCACGUCCAAUUGUAUUAACAGCAGAUUCAUCUUCUUAUGGACUAGGCGCAAUCCUACGUAUUCAAGAAACAUGUGGAGCCUGGAGACCAGUGGCAUUCGCUUCUAGAACCCUGAGUGAUUCGGAAAAACGUUAUGCGCAAAUUGAGAAGGAGGCCCUGGCGUUGACUUGGGCUUGCGAAAGAUUUCAUGAAUUUAUUUAUGGCGUACAUUUUAGUUUAGAAACUGAUCAUAAACCUUUAAUUCCUUUGCUCCAGGAGAAAAACCUCGAUGAAUUAAGUUCUCGUCUGCAACGCUUUAGAAUGAGACUGAUGCAUUAUGAUUUUGAGGUGUUUCACUCUCCAGGAAAGGAAAUAAUAGCGGCUGAUUAUUUGAGUCGCGCGCCAGUGAAGAUUAACCUCGUUCAAGCUUCAGACUUAGAAGAAGAAGUUGAAGCUCAUGUGAGUAUGGCUGUACAACACUGCGGCUUGUCGGAUCUGAUUGUGGCUAAAUUAUUACUAGGUCAACAGAACGACAUGGUAUGUCAGAAACUGAAAUCUCUUAUCGUCUCGGGAUGGAGUAAUAAGGAGAAAUUGGAGGCAAAUAUCAAACCGUAUUUUCAGUAUAAAGAUAAUCUAUCCAUUAAUGAGGGAUUAAUUAUGUUCGGACCUCGAGUGCUAGUGCCGGCUAAUCUAAGAAAGGAGGCUUUAGAAGCGCUUCAUUUGGACCACCAAGGUAUUGUCAAGUGUCGUGAACGCGCGAAAUCUAGCUUGUGGUGGCCAGGCAUUUCAAAUGACAUUAAGGGGAUGCUGGAGCCGUAG